CGAGACAGACUAUCCGUAUACAUUGGAGGCACUAGAGAAAUACUAUUAUAGAUUCUCUACCACCGAGAACGUCUUAGGGUUCCUUAGAAACAUUGUGGAGAGGCGCGAUAACUACUCGAUCGCUAUUCGACUCCUGCAACACCAGAAUUACGAUGCAAAAUCAACUUCAAAGAAAUUACAAGUGUUGAAAGCUCUUAUUCCCACUGUAGAGGAUUACUCACGUGUCCUUGUACUUUUCCAACGCAAUCAAUUCUCCGCUAAACGGACAUUCAGAGUACUUGACGACAUGUUGUCAUUUAUCAACAAUAUGGCGGGAACUUCCUGGAAGAAACUCACCGAUUCAAGCUUCUUCCAUCAUUCCCUCGCAUUAUUGGAGAAAAAUGGUUAUGAUGUGGAACGGACAACGACGAAUCUUAUCCAGUUACAGAAGCUAGGGAAAGAUUGGGAAGACUUCAGUUGCUUAUUAGAAGCCCUGAAAGAGAACCAGUUUGAUGUGUGGAAGACCAUAGGUGAUAUAAAUUGGUUGAACCCUAUCGUCGAAAGUCGUGUACCACUCUCCUCUGUCCUUAAAACAAACAAUUACUCCUUUCAGGACAUGCGGAAUCGAUUUGAAGAAAUUUGCGAAAUAGAAGGGAUAGGUGACUUCUUCGGGGCGAUGAAU